AUGACCGACCGUUCGUCUCCGAAGGCCAAACUCGACCCGGCCGCCGCGUUUCACGACAAUCCGAGAGCAGCGGCGGCGUGUCGAUUGGAGCGAGGAUUGCAUUUGGGAACUCGGCAGAUUAGUCAAGCAGCUACAAUGAGUGGUCAGAACUGUACAGGACCAUUGGCUGAGAUCUGCAUAGUCACAUCUUGUUUGGUAACUAAUCUGUCUGCCUCUCUUGGAGCAACAGUCAACAUGAAUUCAGUUUAUAGUUCUUUGUAUGUUGCUACAAAGGCUAUAGAUGGCAAUCCAAACAAUGUUACUGGACAGAGACUUGUCAGUACUGAUUGUGCUGCUACAACACGUUCCUUUAAUCCUUGGCUUCAAGUUGACUUACAAAAGGAAUAUCUUGUCUCACGUGUUAGAGCUAUCCUUUACGAUCAUAAAGGUAGAAAUGUGUAUGUUCGUGUUGGUAACAGCUUAAAAAACAAUGGGAAUGACAACCACAAUUGUGGAAUGGCUCCAUAUGACAGUUCUAAUGACCUGAAUGCAAUAUGUCCUGAUGUGACCAACUUUAGUGCUCUGUUGCAAUGGAAACACAACACAACCAAUGUUGUACCAUCUUCAAGUGUUCAGAAUGCUGGUGUAUAUCAGGUGUAUGAGAAUGGUGUGCAGUGGCUCUACAUCAAGUCAGCUAGUACCUCUGACAGUGGAGUGUAUACAUGCCAAUAUACUGCAACUAAUAGCUCUAUAGUGUCAAAAUCAUUUGCACUGAAUGUUGGUGUGGUGGAUUGCUUUUGGGGUAGUUGGAGUUCAUGUAGUGUUGAAUGUGGAAAUGGCACUAGAACUAGAACUAAAAUUCGGCAGAUUAGUCAAGCAACUACAAUGAGUGGUCAGAAGUGUACAGGACCAUCAACUGAGAUCUGCAUAGUCACAUCUUGUACAGCAACCAAUCUAGCUGUUUCUCGUAAAGCAACGGUGACCAUGAGUUCAGUCUACAGUAACUCCUAUGUUGCUGCAUACGCUAUAGAUGGCAAUCCAAAAGAUGUUCCUGGUCAGAGACUUGUUAGCACUAGCUGUGCUGCUACAACAGUUUCCUUGAAUCCUUGGCUUCAAAUUGACUUGCAAGAGAAAUAUCUUGUGUCACGUGUUAGAGCUAUUCUUAUAGCUGAUCGAGGUGAAAAUGUGUAUGUUCGUGUUGAGUUGGAGAUUGCUAUUCUAGACAAUAAUAAGAAUAUUGAAGGAACAAGUGUGGCAGUUGAUGAGAAUCAAGAUUACUCUAAUUCUAUUGUUUGUGGUGUCAGUCCUGAUGUGACCAGCUUUAAUACUCUUUUGGAAUGGAAACACAACACAACCAUUGAUGUACCAUCUUCAAGUGUACAGAAUGCUGGUGUAUAUCAGUUGUAUGAGAAUGGUGUGCAGAAGCUUUACAUCAAGUCAGCUAGUGUCUCUUCCAAUGGUUUGUAUACAUGUCAAUAUACUGCAACUAAUGGCUCUAUAGUGUCAAAGUCAUUUACAGUGAAUGUCAAUGUAAACUGUGAAUGGAGCUCAUGGUCAGAUUGUACAUCAUUGUGUAGUUUUGGAACUCAUAUUCGUACACGAGCACGUCUUAAGCAACACAAUGGAAUGGACUGUGUGGGGUUGUCAACUGGGAACUGUGACAGCAAACAACCACCAUGUGCACCAACAGCUGGGCAGUUGAUAGUUUCUUUUGAUGAGUCCUCAGUGCAAGAGUUGAGUUGCUCAGCUUCACAGUAUUCUGGUCUAAGUGGAGAUAUUACAUUUGGAUGGUACAGGGAAGAGAAUGGAGUUGAUUCAGCUAUUGUAUUAGACUCUCGAGUAACAAAUUUAUCAAAAAAUGAUGGUGCGGGCAAAUUUACUGGGAAAUUGAAAUUUGCGUCUGUGGACCGUUCAGAUAGAGGAUUAAUCAAGUGCAGAGCUUUGAACAAGUAUGGUGCUAGUGAUUCAUCUUCAGCUAUCUCAGUUAAUGUCAAAUAUGCUCCUGAAUCUGCUGAAAUUAGACCUUCUAAUCCAGUGGGUGUGAAAGGGCAAAGUAUCACAUUAAACUGUUCUGCUGUUGGUAAUCCCUCUCCACGUUAUGAAUGGAGAGGAAGCAAGAGUACAACAGGAUCUACUCUGAAAUUAACAUCACUUGAAUUUAAGGAUGAAGGGACAUACACAUGUGUUGCUAGUAACACCAUUGAGGCUGGUUCUAGGUCCAGUAAUGCAUCAGUACAGUUGACAAUUGAAGGUCCUCCACAGAGAUGUGUUGUGUUGUCUGUCAAAAGUCAUAUUGACUCUGAAGUGAAUGUCAAAGUCGACUGUCCUGAGAAUGGAAAUUCAAGUGUAACUGUAUAUCGCAUAGAACAUCAGUUGGAUAGUGUUACCAGCAACAUGCAGUGGUUACAAGAAGAAUUCAGUACUUUCGAUCUUCAACCAUUUGUUGUUGGUGGUCUCAGUCCAUUUACAAAGUACAGAUUUAGAGCAACAGCAGGAAACAGGCAUGGCUAUGAACCUGAAAGUUUGGCAGCUGUUAAUGUGUUACCUGUGACUACUGCUGAAGGCUAUCCUGGUUUCCCCACUUCAGUGAGUUUAUCAGGAAAUGCUUCUGCUCGCUGGUUUGUUGUGUCUUGGUCACCUCCUACUAUACGUAAUGGUGUUCCUCGCUAUUACUUUGUUUACUACAAAGCAAUUGGUGUUCGCCAAGUGAGAGAUGUGGAUGAUCACAAGAGACUGAAUGUAACAGGCACGUGGGCCAAUUUGACAAUGCUCACUCCAUUUACACAAUACAAUGUUGAGGUGGCAGCAGUGAAUGUUCGGUCUCAUGAUGGCAAGGUGUUGGAAGGACAAAGAAGCACUACCAUUGCUACCAACACAACAGAAGAUGCUCCUACAACUGCACCACGUAACCUGACAUAUCUUUCUGAUCCACCACAUACAGUCACUGUAAUGUGGAGUGAACCUGAAAUACCAAAUGGAGUUAUUAAAUAUUACAUUGUUGAAUACAUGCUGUCAGAUGGGACUGGAAACAGGACACGUUUCAAUUUAGUGAAAAUGUUGAGUCAAGAGAUUGGUGGUCUAAUGCCGUCAACAAAUUAUAAUGUCACAGUUCAAGCUUUCACAAUUGGUGUUGGACCAACAGCAUCCAUUUUUGUUAUGGCAGUUGCUAUAACACCAACUCCACCUCAGAAUUUGAGAAAUUCAAGUGUGACAUCGAGUUCGAUUACUCUACAAUGGGAUAAGCCUAUAAGCUUUAAUGGUGCUUUUGAGUACUACACUGUUUACAACAGUAUUGGUGAUGCUCCGUACAGCAAGAGCACCGUCAUUAGGAGUCAUGAAAACCUGUACACCUUGGUGGGCCUCAGACCGUAUACUAUUCACAAAAUAUAUAUGACGGUAACGAAUAAUGCAAAGUCUGAUCCAGAAAGUUUCCCUAGUGACAUGAUUACAGUGCUCACACUGGCGUUAACACCAACUCCACCUCAGCAUGUGAGAAAUUCAAGUGUGACGUCAAAUUCGGUUACUAUUCAGUGGGAUUCUCCCAUAAACCCAAAUGGCAUCCUUCUCUUUUACACUGUUUACUAUAGUACUGAUGCUUUACAAUAUGACACGUUUUCUGACAUUUCCUUCAGUCAAAGUGCAUACACGUUGAUGAAUCUUAGUCCAUACACAACAUACUUCAUAUACAUGUCAGUGACAAAUAAUGCAAGUUUCAAUCCAGAAAGUUUGCCUAGCAACGUUAUUCAAGUGCAAACUCUUUCGUCUCCUCCUCUUAAACCAGAUAAACCAAUAACUGGUGAAACAAGACCAUCAGCAACAACUAUAACAUUGGUGUCUCCAAGCGUUGACAAUUGAAAUGGUCCAAUAAAGUAUGUUGAUUUUAUUGUGCACGAGGAUGUGACUACAUCUGAUGGUGAUGAGCCAGCUAAUAUACCGCCUGUUAUUAAAUCAUAUGACAAGAGUAGGAUCUGGUAUGUGGCAGCUCGAUAUGAAUAUGAUGACUACAAGAAGAA